AUGUUGGGAAACUGUUUCGGCAAUAAUACUCUAAAGAAAACAGCCAUUUAUGAGUGGCAUGAAUGCUUCAAAAGUGGUCGUGAAUCCGUCGAGGAUGACGAACGCAGUGGCAGGCCGUCGACAUCGAAAACCGAUGAAAACAUCAAUAAAGACAUUGUAGUUAAUAUUUUGGGUUUGCGCCGUGUUGCUGCAAUGUUGGUCCCGAAGAAACUGACUUUCAUGCAAAAAAGGGACCGCGUUGUCAUCGCCAAAGACAUAAUUUCCAAGGCUGAAUCCGACCCAACAUUCAUCAAACGCAUCAUUACUGGAGACGAGACGUGUUUAUGA